AUUGCGGCUCGUUUUUCAGCGAUAACCUCCAGUGUGCUGGUGACACAACAUUGCAAUUACUUGGUAUGGAAGAGCAGGGACCGUCCCGUCUUAAGUUCAAGGAGACGAAACGCAAGAAAAAGCACAGAAAAGAAGAGAACACAAGGAAGAAGCAGAAGAAGAAGAAGCAAGGGUCUUUGUCUCCCCAACUCCCCCCGUACUUUACCAGUCGAGGUCCUAUUCUCUACGAUGAUGGUUACAUGCCACCUGAACAGGCACACAAACCAGAGUUUACCAGCUUAUGGGAUGAUGUGUGGGACGAUGAACCGGGCGCUGCCCAAGAUUAUUGGCAAGCUAACUGGUCGAAUUCUGCGUAUCAAGAGCCCAUCCAAGAGACGUAUGACGAUUGGGCAGAUAGAAUACGUGCGUCUAUGCAUGAGAAACGAUAUGGGGCUGCCGAAAGGAUGGCUCGGAAGGCAGAAGAAGAGCGAGCGCGCAAGCGCAAAGAAGCGAGAGCCGAGGCUGACAGGGAGGAAGAAACUCGGGCGAAAGCACACCAGCAGAAAAGGAACGACCUUGAUAACGGGAAAUUGUCUGGAGCUCGCGAUAAAUACAGAUCCGGGUGGACCAAGCUGAAAGCAGCAAACACGGAGAAUGCAUUUACAAUUAAAGAUUUACCUAUACCCAGCAUGAGAAAGGUACCGAUUAGCAUUGACUCUGUCAGCAGGUUUUUGUUCGAUGGGUGUACGUUCACAUUGGAGCAGAAGAAGAGAAUGAUCAAGGACUCGUUGUUAUUAUGGCACCCGGACAAGUUUGCUAGGCACAAGCGACUGUUUAAAGAGAGGGAAUGGGAUGCCGUGGUGGACGCGGUAAACCAGGUAUCACAGGCACUGAACGCAAUACAUGGGACCUUGCAGUGACGGUGGACUGAUGGUCACACUAUAUUAAUUAAGCGCUAUAUUACUGCGCUUCACGCCAUGGAUCUUCUGCAUCUGAAGAUGGCGCGACUCUCGCGUCUUGAUCUCCGGCGGUUGGCUCCAGUGGCGGUGCAGUAUUUUCCGCUGAAGGACUCAUGGUGGUUGCCGGUGAUAAUUCGGGUGUCACUUCUUUGCUGCUCACUGGACCAACUGGACCAUUGGCGGCCGAAUGCCAAGCAUCGCGUUCAGUCUGCAAGGCUUCGAGCUGGAUGCGCAGGGCGUCCCCUUCAGCCCUAAAUUUGGCAAGCUCUUCAUUGACGUUGUUAAGAUGCUCCCGUAAAGCCUUACGAUCCUCUUGGACUUCCCGUAAAAUAGCCCCUUCUUUCUCCAUGUCUGCAACCUUCUCCUCGGUACUAGCCAACUGUGCUCGUAACUUGAUUAACUCAUCAUGGGCUUCGGCUAGUCGUCGUUCAGCAUCAUCCGCCCGCGCCUUUAGUGCAUCCCGCUCAGUCUGCAGAGCAGAAAGUACACUUUCUACCUUAUCAGCUCCACCCUUCAACUUUUCUGGUCCCGGCGCCGGGGAAGCGACAGGGGUCACCGGACUUGUCGUUGUCGUCUUGGCCGUGUCGGCGGCCAAUGGAUCCAGAUUCAGAACUGCCAAAUCCUCCUGUACACUAGCUCGGAUAUCUUUUUCAACGUUCUGCAUUUUUCGCCAUACAGCGUCUUCCAUUUUCGUUUGGAAUCGCUUCUGUAUGUCAUCGAACCGCUGGAGCAUUGUAGUUUGCAGAUAUGCGAAUUGUUCAUGGAUGGCUCGCACUUCUCUGUCUCGAGUUUGUCCUACUUGUUCCAAUGCUUUGAAUCGACUUUCAAGGACCUCGAGAGAACUGCGGACUGGAGAUCGGUCAGUAUAUACACUGUGCGGCGAGGUCGGAGGCAGACUACCAUCUGUAUCUUUUAGUGUUGUCCCCAUAGUUUUCUUCAGAUUUUGGAGCUUCGCCUGUGCAAGAACGAUUGGCAACCCGUUGUAUACACAAAGUUUCAAAAUCUCAAUUCUCACAUACAUCCCGCCACUUCGUC